AUGGCAAGUGAAAGAGAGCUAUGCCAAAGUGAAGUUGUUGCCCAAGCUUGUGGAGGUCUUUCACAAUAUGGCAAAGGAGAGUCGACUCAGGAACUUCAAGGUACCGACAUGGCAAGUGAAAGAGAGCUAUGCCAAAGUGAAGUUGCUGCCCAAGCUUGUGGAGGUCCUUUACAAUAUGGCAAAGGAGAGUCGACUCAGGAACUUCAAGGACGAAAGUAUCUAGGGCGUAAGAAGAUUCCUAUUGAGAAAAUAGAAAAUGAGACUACUCGACUUGUAACUUUCUCAAAGCGUAAGUCGGGUUUAUAUAAAAAAGCAAGCAAGCUAGUUGAGAAAUAUGAUGAUGUUGAUGUGGGAAUUAUAUCAUAUUCUCCCAAUGGUAAGCCCUACUCAUUUUUUCACCCUACAUUUGACUCUGUUAUUGGUCGUUUUGUAAGUCCAGAUACACAGCCAAGUGUGGAUGGUCGCUUUUUUGAUGCAAAUGCACGGAUCAAAGUGAAGGAGCGACGAGGUGAGCUUGACAAGCUCGAUAUGGUAGAAAAAAUUAUAUCUAAUCAGACACCUGACGCGAAUGACAUGGAAAAUGUGUGGGAAUACAUUGAUAAUGUUAAAGAAGAGGAUGUGACAAGACUUGAAGAAUGGUUGGAUCUUGUUGAUCUAAAGUUGAACCAUAAAUUGAGGAUGUUGGAAAAUGGUGCUUCUUCUUCAACACAAGCCCCUCCAAAUGGUGGUUUCUAAUAUGUUUGAAGACUCAUGCAUGGAAUAAUUAGGUUUAAAUUCAUAUGUCUUAAGUGUUCCUUUUAGUUUUAUUUUUAUUUUUAAAUUUGAUGGCGUGGAGGAAGUCUAUUAAGGUAGAAGAGUAGUUGGUCAAGAGUAUCGUCUUGGUUUUCUAGGGUUUAGGUUUAUUUUUAUUUGUCGUUGUACUAGUCAUAAGUAUUGUAGUUCUUUCUCGUGAUAUGUAUCACAGUUUGUUAUUGUUCAUGUGUUUCGAUUAUGAUAUUAUUUGUUGUUGUUCUAAUUUGUUUCUUUCAGACUUUGCACUAUUUAAUUUCCUUGUUAAUUGCUAUAUUUUUUUCACCGUUUUUUUCUUUUUUGUACUUAAAUUUGCUAUACUUGAGCCUAGCGUCUUUCAGAAACAGCUUCUCUACCUUUACACGGUAGUGCUAACGUCUGUAUACACUGACAUAAUUUCAUUAGAUAUGUUGUUGUAAAUUUAAUGGUGUUGAAUUAAAUAAUGAUUUCAUUUAUUAUACGAAUUUAGU